UAUAAGAACAGAACGCAAAAUACGAUAAUAAUUGAAUUUAUGGAAAAAAAUCCUGAUAUCUUAAGAGGAUUUACGAAACGUAAUAAGCCGACGAUAGAUUCGUUAUGGCAGGCAUUAACUGAAUCCCUUAAUGCUGCAGGUCCUCCACACAAAGACGUAAACGGGUGGAAAAAGGUUAUAACUGAGUGGAAAAGCGAAAUCAAAAGAAAAUUAGCUCACAACAAAAUUGAGAGUCGAGCAACAGGAGGAGACCCAUUUUCAAAAUAUCAGCUCACUCCAAACGAAGAAACCAUUGUGCGUCUUUGUGGCAUUUCGCAAACUAUAGAAGGCAUAUUAGGCGUUUCUCUUGGUACCCAACCCGUUAUUGAGAAUUUAAAUAUACCAAUUGCAGGGGUGAAUGUAGAUUUGUCUUCCUCAUCGCCAGAGGAACAAAAUAUAAACUUGAGUUAUAAUGCAUCCAAUAGACAAAAAGAUACCGACGAUAUACCCUCCAUGUCACAAAGGCAACACGAAAUAAAUCUUGAGGCUUAUAUAAAAAGCAAUAGAGAUUAA